UGGCCUAUAACAUUGUUAAAUAAACUACAAUAGUUUAUUAUUUUAGAAUAGUGAGAAUGAAUUUUAUUUUGUUAAUAUCUCUGCUGUGCUUUGGGUUAUUUCAAGGCAGUGCGGCUUAUUUCACAACAGUCGACGCACACGCUGAAGAAUGUUUUUUCGACAAAGUUACAGGCGGAACUAAAAUGGGGUUGAUGUUUGAGGUUGCCGAAGGAGGGUUCUUGGAUAUUGAUGUUGAGGUUACUGGCCCAGAUGGCAAGCAGAUAUACAAAGGAACAAAAGAGUCCAAUGGAAAAUACACAUGGAAUGCACACAUGGAUGGAACAUACAAGUUUUGCUUCAGCAACAAAAUGUCAACAAUGACACCAAAGAUUGUGAUGUUUAGUAUUGAUAUCGGUGAACCUGCUAAGCCUACUGCUGCUGGAGAAGAGGCAGAUGAACAACAAAAUAAGUUAGAAGGCAUGAUCAAUGAGUUAUCUGUUGCCAUGACUGGUGUGAAACAUGAACAAGAAUACAUGGAAGUCAGAGAGAGAAUACAUAGAUCCAUAAAUGACAGCACCAACUCAAGAGUUGUCUUGUGGGCUUUUUUCGAGUCUCUGAUUCUGGUUGCAAUGACACUUGGACAAGUUUAUUAUCUUAAGAGAUUCUUUGAAGUCAGGCGUGUAAUCUAAAAAGUAAAUUUUAGCAACAUUUUUAUUCAAAACCGUAUUGCAAUAUCCUUGGUGUGGGAGGACUUGGUUACCCGCGACAACACUUUUAGGUCAUUGAAAUUUGCUUGAGUCAAUACCUCCCUUCACUGUAUAAUAGAAAAUAUGAUGCAUUUUAUUUGCAAUUUUGCCAAUAAUAAAAACUUAAGUUAAAAAUAUAACAUUUGCCUUAAAUAAGAGGUGUUGGUACAAUCUGGGCUGAGAUUGUUUGUUUUUCUAAUUCUGUGUCUGCAAUCGUUUUGAGUAUUGUAUUGUGAGUGGAAUAAAAAGGUUUUCAAGAAGA